AUUUCGGUCUUUAUAAUCUUUAUAGUGCGCCGAUAGACUGUCCUCGUCGGGCACUGACUUCGGUGCAACCAUUACCACCACUCACGACAAUUGUGAUAUCACUACCCCUCCUAGUCUCUCAUCCUCCAUAUACAACCUCCACGCCUGGGGCUAGCUCGCCAGACAUGGACACAGAGAGCAGCCAUGCGCAGGAACAUGAUUUCGCGCAAACUUCCUGGCUUGAUAUAGGUGGAUUCAGUCCCUCCGAGCAAUCUCCAACGCUGGAUUAUCAAGCAUUUGGAUACGGAGUCGUACCACUAGACCCGUCCUAUGGCGUCGAUAUCCCUCCACCUUAUGAGACAUUACCAAUAGCCAUGCCUCCACCCCCGAGUUCCUGGCCUAGUAUGCUUUCGAAUCAAGGGCCGUUCCCAGAACCGGGCAUGCCAGCUGUACCCUUGAUGCAGGCACCACCCACACUUGCCCCAGUGCCAACCAUUCCAGCAAUCCCUCGCAAGGCUUCCACUAGCAAGGCAUCUACCGGCAAGUCGAGCACCGGCAAAUCAUCCACCGGCAAGUCGUCCAGUGGAAAGUCGAAUAGCAACCCAACGCCACGCAGGACUCUCACGGAUGAAGACCGUCGGCGGAUGUGUCUUUAUCACGAGGAGAAUAAGACAGCCAAGCAAACAGACAUUGGAGCAUUAUUCGGUGUCGAGAGAAGGUAUAUUUAUUCUUCUUGAAUCCCCAUCUCCCCGGAUACUCGUCUAACUGACAUUGUUUUCUGUUCAAAGUACUGUUUCAAAGGUCCUGCGGCAGAAAGAUAAGUAUCUUAAUCCGGACGAUGGCA